GCUGGUACGCCCCGCCCCGACUUCCUUGCAGACUAGUGGCUAUGCGGAGCCUCCACAGACGCGUAUAUAAGGCUGCAGUGCAGAACCACGAGCAUCAGUUCCUGCUUAACUCCUCAGCAUGAACACGAAGGUUAUUGUCUCCGCCGUCCUGGCGGUCCUCUUCGCUGUGGUCGUCGCCGACCCAGAGCCCCAGCCCGAGGCUGAGCCCGGACGCUUCCGCGGCUUUGGUGGCGGUGGCUUUGGCUUUGGCGGCUUUGGCGGCUUUGGCGGACAUGGCGGUGGUUACUACCGCGGAAAGAGGAGCGCCGAUGCCGACCCAGAGCCUCAGCCAGAGGCUGAGCCCGGACGCUUCCGCGGCUUUGGUGGCGGUGGCUUUGGCGGCUUUGGCGGCUUUGGCGGCUUUGGCGGACAUGGGGGUGGUUACUACCGCGGAAAGAGGAGCGCCGAUGCCGACCCUGAGCCCGGUCACUUCGGAAGCUUUGGUGGACGUGGCUUCUUUGGUGGCGGAUUCGGUGGUGGCCACGGCGGCUACGGCGGACACUAUUAUGGAUAAACGGGCCAGAGGCUGAUUCCUAGCCUGGCUUUGCCCGCGGCUGUGGCAGCGCCAGUGCAUUCGACGGGAUACAAACACUUUCACCGCGGGUGACAAUGAACAACGCUUCACCCGACGGAAGAUAACGACAACAACUAAGGGAUACUCCUGUCAAACACAAAGAAACAAAUAAACAAUAUAUUUCUAA